AAAUAAGAAUCUCGCGCAGAGACGUAUCCAUGCUCUCCUCCCCCUCCACCUACUACGCCCUCCAAUUCCACCGUUCCGAGGCGGCGUCUGCGUCUCCUCCCCCACGCCCCGUCCAUCUCGCUGCCUCCAGCCCGGUGACACAUCCGCCGCCGCGCCACCGUCGAAUUCGCCUCCUCUGCCCGCCGCUACGAUCGCGGGGACGAAGAUGCUGGGCGCCGCGAGGAGGCAGCUCGGAUCCGGCCAUAUGCUGGCGCAGGUGCUGCGGAGGCUCCGCCCGACGGCGGCGGCGUCCACGGAGGCGGCAAGGGGGUACUCCUCCGCGGCCAAGGAGAUCACCGUACGUGACGCGUUGAACUCCGCCCUAGAUGAAGAAAUGUCUGCCGAUCCUUCUGUCUUUUUGAUGGGCGAAGAGGUUGGAGAAUAUCAAGGUGCAUACAAGAUUACGAAGGGCUUGCUUGACAAGUAUGGUCCUGAUAGGGUUCUUGAUACCCCAAUCACUGAGGCUGGUUUUACAGGCAUUGGUGUUGGUGCAGCCUAUCAAGGUCUUCGGCCAGUCAUAGAGUUCAUGACAUUUAAUUUCUCAAUGCAGGCAAUCGAUCAUAUCAUCAACUCAGCUGCCAAGUCAAACUACAUGUCAGCUGGUCAGAUAAAUGUCCCAAUUGUUUUCAGAGGACCAAACGGAGCUGCUGCUGGAGUUGGUGCUCAGCACUCACAGUGUUAUGCAGCUUGGUUUGCGCAUGUUCCAGGACUAAAGGUUCUGGCUCCAUAUUCUUCAGAAGAUGCCAGAGGCUUGCUAAAAGCUGCAAUUAGGGAUCCUGAUCCCGUUGUUUUUCUGGAAAAUGAAUUACUCUAUGGAGAGUCAUUCCCUGUUUCUGAUGAAGUGCUUGAUUCUAGUUUCGCUCUGCCGAUAGGCAAAGCUAAGAUAGAGCGUGAGGGUAAAGAUGUUACGAUUACUGCAUUCUCCAAGAUGGUCGGUUAUGCUCUUCAGGCUGCUGAGAUACUGUCCAAGGAAGGAAUCAGUGCUGAGGUGAUCAACCUCCGAUCAAUUAGGCCACUGGAUAGAGCCGCCAUAAAUGCAUCUGUUAGGAAAACAAAUAGAUUGGUGACUCUUGAAGAAGGCUUCCCCCAGCAUGGUGUUGGUGCUGAGAUAUGCAUGUCUGUUGUAGAAGAAAGCUUUGAGUAUCUUGAUGCUCCAAUUGAGAGGAUUGCUGGAGCUGAUGUACCCAUGCCCUAUGCUGCCAACCUUGAGAGAUUGGCUGUUCCACAGAUUGAGGAUAUCGUCCGAGCGGCCAGGCGAGCGUGCUACAGAGCGUUGCCCAUGGCGGCAACUGCGUGAUCGAAAUUUCACUUUACUUUUCUCAUGCUUUUUCCCGUCGCCCGCCCGGCCAGAAACGUGUGUGUUCCAUAAUGGUAUCCACAAUUGCCCAAACUCGAAGCGAGUUAAAUUUUUGUAGGUGUGCCUUGGCAUGUUUAUUCUUUUAGCUGCUGCAGUUGGAUCUCACCGCAUUCGCUGGUGCCUCCCUCCACUGUCUUGUGAAUUAUUACGCACGCAGCUUUCGUUGAUUGAUUAGCACGGCCUAAUAACGGUGGUUACAUAAAUGGAAAAACUGAGGUGUUCUCGUGCA